AACAAAUUCGGAAAUAUUUUUGAGCAAAUAUGAUUGUCAAUAUGCCCGUCAAUGGGCCGAACAGCAGCGCGGCUCAGUCGCAUCCCAGUGCCAGCAACAAUAACAACAACAACAACAACAACAACAACAACUGCAACAACAACUGCAACAACAACAACAACAACUGCAACUCGCUGCAAUCGCCGUGCGAAUUCAAUUACCUGAAACGCAAAUACGAGACGCAGCUGGAGCAGCAGCCGCUGGAGCCGUACGAACAGCUCGCGGCGAAUCCGUGGAAGAAGCGUCAUCUCGACUACGAUGCCGGCGGCGAUAUGUGCUUCCAGCUGCAGCUGGACACGAGCAGCGCAGCCACAUCGAGCGGCGCCGCCUCCUUCAUCAACGAUCUGUUCGCCUACGACAGCAGCCUUCUGGUGCCCGCCGCCUCCUACUGUGCGCCGCCCAGUGCCCCGUUGGAGGCCGAUGCCGGUGGCUGGCAGACGGGCGAGCUGCUCGAGCUGGAUCAUCGCUACAAUUCCGGACUGCAGGCGGACUUCUCCCAGCUGAAUGCGACGCUGCCGCCGCCACCGCCCCAGCAGCAGCAGGAGCUGCAACCACAGCAGCAGCAGGAUCAGAGACAGCAACAGCAGCAGCAGCAGCAACAGCAGCUGGAGAUGGUGUCCAGUGCCAGCUUUUUGGUGCCCAUUCCGCAGAAGACACAGCCGGCCCAGGUCGGCUGUCGGCCCGUGGCUUGUGGCAGACGCUCUUCGCCGGCGGCCAGCGAAUCGGAGGCGGAUUUCGAGGACAAGAAUCUGUCCUGGCUGUUGAAUUUCAAGUUCGAUGAGUUUCCGCAUCUGUCGCCGGAUGUUGGCGGCGUUGCCCGGCUGGGCAAUGGACCCGGUGUUGGCCUGGAGGCGGCCACGCCCACAGCGACUGCUCACAUGUCGAACGCAUCGCCCUGCAGCUCGACAUCACCCGCAUCCGCAUCCGCAAGCACAUCCAACUCGAGCCAGUCGCUCAGCUGCCACACAACGCAGCUGGAGCCGCGCGGACGCUGCUCGCCCAAGAGCUGCACAUCCCCGUCAAACACAACGACAGCAACAGGAGCAACAGGAGCAACAACAACAAUAACGACACCGACCAGAACUGGCCGCAAGUUCGAGGAGCUGGUCAUGGAGGUCACCUCUGAGAUGGAUGGCAACGAUAUGAUUGUGGCCGAGCAUGUCGUCAUCGAGGAUACAACGUCCAAGGCGCCAAAGAAACCACCGUUUACAUACACGGAACUCAUCGAAUACGCCCUCGAGGACAAGGGUGAGCUGACGGUGUCGGGCAUAUACCAAUGGAUAUCCGAUCGCUUUCCCUACUACAAGUCGAACGACGAUCGCUGGAAGAACUCGGUGCGGCACAAUCUGUCCAUCAAUCCGCACUUCCGCAAGGGCGUCAAGGCGCCCCAAGGCGCCGGCCACCUGUGGGCCAUAUCCAGCGGCGACUCCGCGGAGAAUGUGCUCGCCUGGGAGCAUAAAAAGCAACGCUUGGAUUUGUUCUUCAAAAUGGAAUCGAUCAAUCGCGAGCGCAUUCAACAGCAUCAGCAGCAAAUGCAGCAGCAGCAACAGCAACAGCAGCAGCAACAGCAGCAGCAGCAGCAACAGCAGCAGCAGCAGCAAUUGCAGCAACAGCAGCAACAUUGCCAGUCGCCGCAGCAGCAGCAGCAGCAGCAAUCGAAUUGCCUUUACGAUGAGGCAGCUGCAGCUGCUGCGGCGCUGACGCAGGAGAUGCUGCAGCAGGCGCCGAGCGAGGCGUCGCCCACGUCGCAGGCCCAUCCGCAGCGCCUGUUGCCCUUCGGCGAUCUGCUGAGCGACGAGGAGCUGCGCAAGACGGCGGGCCAGAUACUGAAUGGCAUCCAUCGGGAGGUGGAGGUGCAGUCGGUUAACUCCAUCAUCAGCACCUACCAGGACGUGCUGCUCGACAAUGACUAUCUCAAUCCCAUACACAAGGACGUCGCGGUCACCGAGAGCGGACUGCGCCAGCACCAACAACAGCAGCACCAACAGCAACAGCAGCAGCAGCAGCAGCAUUCGCUCAGCCACUCGCAGUACUACAUCACCGAAAUCGAUCCCAUGGAGCUGGGCAUACAGAUGUCGCACCAGGUGGAGCCGUCCGAGGAGGAGGUGCUCUUCAGCGACGACUUCAAUCUCAACUACUUUGGCUAUAAUCCCGGCAGCGAUAUUGUCGCUUGACCGCGCAAGCAGCAGGCGACGCAGUUGCUGCCAGUUGCGGAACUAGUUCCGGAACCAGUUCAGCUGCAGGGGAGCAAUCGGAGUACUCAUAAGCCAAUUAUAAACCAAUACUAGUCACACUUACCAA